GCAGGUAGCUGUAUCCAGCUGGGUGGCAGGUGGAUCCAAGGGUCACCAUGAAGUUUUCAGGACCCCUGGAGAGCCAGAGGUUGUCUCUCCUUCUGGAGAUGGCAAUCUCUAGGGAAGCUCAAAUGUGGAAAGCACAUGUGCCGAAAAUUCAGCCCGAUCAGGAUGUAGCCAUUUCUCCAAGGCAGAGGGAUGAGGUCAUCCAGUGGCUGGCCAAGCUCAAGUACCAGUUCCACCUUUACCCAGAAACGCUCGCCCUGGCCAUCAGCCUCUUGGACAGGUUUUUAGCAGCAGUGAAGGCCCGUCCCAAGUACCUGAACUGUAUUGCAAUCAGCUGCUUCUUCCUCGCUGCAAAGACCAUCGAGGAAGACGAGAGGAUUCCAGUACUGAAAGUGUUGGCUCGGGAUAGCUUUUGUGGGUGUUCUCCAGCUGAGAUUCGCAGAAUGGAGAAGAUCAUCCUGGAUAAACUGAACUGGGAUCUUCACAUGGCAACGCCACUGGAUUUCCUUCAUAUUUUCCACGCCGUGGCGGUGUCCAGCAGGCCGCAGCUGCUGGCGCUGCUGCCCACGGCCAGCCCCUCGCAGCACGUGGCGGCGCUCACCAGGCAGCUGCUGCACUGCAUGGCCUGCUUCCAGCUGCUGCAGUUCAAGGGCUCCAUGCUGGCGCUGGCCAUCGUCAGCCUGGAGCUGGAGAAGCUGCUCCCCGACUGGCUGGCUCUCAUCAUCGAGCUGCUCCAGAAGGCACAGAUGGACAGCUCGCAGCUGAUCCACUGCCGGGAGCUGGUGGCACAUCACCUUUCCACUGCGCAGCCUUCUCUGCUGCCCAACCCUGUAUAUGUCUACAGUCCCCUCCAGCAGAGCCUGGUGACCUGUAACAGAGGAGCGCUCCGGCGCCAGCCCUCCUCUGUGCCAGGCCCGGGCUGCUGCCAGGACAACGGCCGGCCAGAAGCGCCCGUCACAGCUACAGCCGCGCUCUGCCCGCGCCUGCCCGGCCCCGCCGGCGCCUGCAAGCCGGGCCCCGCCAAGCGCAAGGUGGAGGAGAUGGAAGUGGACGACUUCUACGACGGCAUCAAGCGCCUGUACAACGAAGAGCUGGCUCCGGAGGCGGCGGCCCUGGAGAGCGCGGGCUCCGCCUGCGGCGCCGAAAUCUGUACCAUCAAACUGGUUGAGACCAUCUUCUGA